AUGAGGAAAGCUGAAAUCUCAUCUGGCAAGCACAGUUGGAAGGAAGCAAGACAGAGAGACAAAGGAAGAAUUAAGCAAACAGAGCACAGAGCUCAAGAAAAACACAAACAAUAUAGACGUACACGAAGACAAGCUGAGCAGAGGGAAGAAGACCUGCAUGUAACCAGGGAGGGCAUGACCUACGUGGCUGGAGGUUUCGAUGAAACACAGCUGUGCAGAGCAGGCAAAAAGAGAAAGAACAAAAGCACCUUAGCAUACCUUCAUUAAAGGCCAUUUUAGGGAGUUAUAAGUCUUACAAGUGACAUUUAGAUAACACUGAUGUUUUAAUUGCAUCUUUCUGAAAAUGGCUUUUUCCGGGGUAAUUUUGUUGGCCCCUCUUUUUUUUUCCAAAGAGUAUUUCAGCUAUUGACCCCAAAUUUGGUACACAGUAACUUGUUAAUUAUUACCCUAAAAUAAACAACAUGUUUACUCCAAACAAGUCAAGUAGAAGGCAACUGUCUGGGUGUACCAAGUUUGAGCUGAUUUGAUUGAAUUGUUGAUUAAAUAUGAUUUUUUGAGUAAGCUACCAAAAUCUCACCCAAAACUAGCCGUAAUGCUCCCUUAAAGGCGAUGAUAGCUGUUCGUAAAUAUAGCUGGGUUGCAACCAGCAACCAGUUAAGCUCUUUUAAAAGUGGCGAAAUAUAGUCGUAUUUAUGCGUGUCGGUCACAAUACGAGCGGCGAAAUUCUGAAUGGCUCAUAAUUCAUUAAUGUUAAGUUAAGAUGUAUUGGCUCAUACGUUUGAACAAUGAAAGAGCUUACUAAAAACUAGAGCGUUAAUGCUGGUCAAGAGCGUACGUUAAUCGAAUGCAUGCUUGAUUCCGUUUAUUUGAAUAAGACAAGACAUGCGCUAAGAAACAGUUUUGGUGAUAUGUUCGUCGUAAGGUCAGGUUGGCAUCUAAAAUUACCCCAAGGUCUCCAGCAGUAUCUUCAGGCACAAGGUCUCUUCAGUCGUUGCAGUUGCAACAACUACGAUAUUAUCUUCUCUGAUUAUUAGUUUGGACCGCGUAUCGUUCUCCCCCUGAUCUUCCCGAAUUUGUCUCGAGGACUGAAUCAAUAAGUUCAUCUGGAUAUCUUAGCAGAGGGGAGUGUAUGUGUACAAACCUUGAAGGAGUAAAAAAAAAUUUCAAAGUCUGGCAACACAGUUUCAUGACUGCUCUUGUCUGGCUAAGAAAAACUAUGGAUUGUGGCAGACAAACUGUCAUAGGAAGCCCCACCUAGCAUCUUUCCCUCAGUGGCACAGUUCUGGACAAACAAACUUUAGAGAUGAACGACAUACUAAAAAGAAACAGAUAAGAUUUUUUUCUUUAGUACUUUAGCGACGUAAAUUACUGCAUCCCAAACGUCUCACUCAGACUUUACGCUGAUGAUACCACAUGUUAUGGUGCUGAUGUAUCUCCAAAUAUACUGGAGUUUGUGGUCAACAAAGAUUUGGUUCAGAAAUAACCAUCUAAUAUUAACGACAGCAAGACACAGGCAUUCUCCGUUGGCCCAUGCAAAUAUGAUUAUGAACUCUACAUGGACAGUACUAAGAAAGACAUUGCUAAUGAUGUUAACAUUCUGGGAGUAACCCUGGAUAGUAAACUUAAUUUUAAAAUCCACAUCUCAGAGCCACUUAGGAAGGCUUAUGCUAUGGCCGCAGGUUUGUGACGAAUAGGAAGAUUUUUGGCUAUCGACACGGUGAUCAUGUUAUAAAAGACAUUUAUUGUCUACACUUAGAAUACUGCGGUCCUUUAAUGCGUGGCCUAGGAAAAGUUCAAAGUAAUCGAUUAGAUUACUGAGAUUAGUAAUCUCAUUAAUGUAUCUUAAGAUGCGUGUUGGGUUACGAUAAAACUGUUGAAAAGAUAGCCAUUUAGCCAUACGGCUGCGAACAUUUGAAGUAGUCUUGCCACCAAAGUUCAUAACUCAGCGAGUCUAACAGAAUUCCAAAACACUCUUGAGAAGCUAUUUAUAAGAAUCAUUACUUCAUUUCUUUCCAUUUCCCAUUAUUAUUGAUAAUUUCAUUUUCCAUUGUGUUUGUAAUUCAUUUAAUUAUUUUCAUGUUGUUUACACACGAGUUUACUAGCUUUGAACGAGUCACUACUCCAGUACGAUACAUGUUUCAAUAAUGAAUUGUAAUGUAUUGUGGAAAGAAAACCAAGACCUGACGUUCAAGAAACACCUGAGUACACAACUGAAGAGCAAAGAGCUCGCGGGGAGGACGUUAAGAAUUCCACUAAAUUAGACGUUCUCCAGAGAGCAGAAGAUAAAAUUCAAGUUGUCUUUGAUGAAGAUGUCUUGACUGUGCUUCAAAUUACGCUUGAUGAUUUUAAAAGGAAACUCUCCUCUUAACAAAUGUCCUCCCCCCCCCUUUUUAUUCGAUGCGCAUGCGAAGAUUUCAUAGAGGAUAUGGACACUGAACGGGAACUUUAAUCAGUGGAAGAUCAAGAUCAUGAUACGCUGAAGACAGCAAGGUUACCAUGACGAUCUAUCCUUUCAUCCAGUUAGUCGUAGGUGUAAAGUGGAUAAGUGUGCAUGAUCCAACAGUGCCCAAUAUUGUUUCUGGUUUUUAAUUUUUAGCCGUUGCGGAACGAUUAUUUACGACCUGGGUAACACAAACAACUUGGUUUCCAUGGUAACGCAAACGGCAUCUUUUUGUUUUCGACGUUGUUUUAUUCCCUGGAGUUCUUUCAGUUCGCAUAAACCACAUACCAAAGCAAAAGGCCGGGGGGAAAAUACUAAAAACCGGGAUAGGAAAAAGAGAAAAGGACAAAAAUUCUCAGAAAUACAGAGACACGCCAAAAAGUUAAUAGAAAUAUCCGUUGGGAGCGAGAUCCACAAUGCAACGCCUGGUACAUCGCGUGAUUCUUCUUCCGACGAAUCUGACAUCGAUCAACCGAUCAGUGCGUCUAAAACGAAACUGGCUUUACCAGACUCCUCUUCAGAAAGUUCUGAUGAAGAGAGCAAGUUUCAAGGUCGAGGAUACAGGGUUCUCCUUAUCAGGCGGUAAACGGUAAAAUUUACCACUUGUAAGAGCACUUAUUACUGCCUGCAAACGCUCAGAACCCUUAAAAAAUACGCAUUUAAGGUGAGCUAAUCUGGUAAGAAAGUGUAAUAACAAGCCAACAGUGUGCACUAUGGUAGAUCUACGUGUGCUUUAGUUAGCUAACACUGACUGGUACCUUUCGAAUUUCGAAGCAAGAGCGAUUUUUCGUGGGCUUUCUGUUAAAUUUCACAACAUUUGUCAGUUCUCUGCACGUGCAAAUGUGGUGUCGUUUAGUUGUUCAGUUUCCACGAUGAAACGGCAGCAAACAUUACUGUCGUUUCUGUCCAGUAACAAGAGGUCACGAAGAGUGGCUGGUAAGCUUUACAAGAACUUUAGGGGUAAACAAAACAACGUACUAGCGAUGGAAAAGCAGCCAAUUACCAGAAAUAACCGCCUUGACAGCUCUACAAUUGCCGGCUAUAUUUAUUUACAAACACGUGGGGACAAAGCAAGUCUUCAUCGUGAAAUUCUACUUGAAAUGUGUUUUAGGCAACGGUCUGAAAGAAGCCUUGAAAAUAAAAUCUCUCGACCGCGUAAAAGUUAUGAAUUUGAGAUGAUUAGAACACGAAUUCAGCUAUUCGAUGUGAUUCGAUUUCAUAGUGAUGCGAUUCGUAGCUGACACGGCUGAUUUUCCAGCGAUAUGCCGUGUAAGUGACGCCAAAGAUAUCACCCGAAAUCGAAGGGAGACCAGUUUACGUUAUAAGUAGUUUGGAAAGAGCAUAGUCAAAUACAAUGCUUUUAAACAAUUUUUACUUUGUUUUGUUCAACCUCUGAACCUAAAGGUGUAUCGUUCACAUUAUGAAUUUUUCGAUGGAGAAUUUUUGAUGGGCGCGAUGUACUGUAUGCUUUAGGAAAUGACAAAGUUGAGAAUGACCAGCCGCCUGAAGCUGCAAAUGUUCUUUACUGGUUUGAAAAGGUCCCUUACCUGUUAUGCUGAAAACUAGGGAGAACCCUGGGAUACAGGCUUAUAGAUCUGGACAAGUUUUCUUCAACACUCUCCAGUGCACAUGUUUGCGGGGAAGAUGAGAUACAUAUAAUUUUUGCCAAGUUUACAUGUGUUCAGUUUAAGCUUAAGGUUGGCUCUGCACCAAAUGUUUCAACUUUGUCGUGUAGUUUCUCUGUAAUUCCUUGUUAUAAGACAUUUUCACACAGCUGUCUAAUUUUUAAAUGGCAAUGUGUGCUUUACUUUAGUUUCUUUCUUUAUUAAUAUUUUUCCCCUUUGCUUUGGUAAGUGUUCACUGUUUAAAACCUACAGUGAUGUAUCUGAAACAAUUAUUUUCAUAUUUCAAAUAAUACAUGUUUAUCUACCACUAUUUAAGGGAAUUUGAGGAUUCAGGAGAAUGAAUCUGGAAGAAGAGGGCUAAUGGCUCAUCUCACUGCGUAGUGCAGCUUAUGCCUUGAACAGACCCCUUUGGACAGACCCUUUGGAUACUUCCUCUUUUAUAAGCAAGUAGUAGUAUUACACUUUCACAGUGGGGCUGCCAGCAGAGAGAAAAUGAUGGAAAGAGGGCAUCUACUUUGA